AGGCGAGUCGCGCCAGCGCCGCCCGCCGGAGCCGAGGCCGAGCCGGCGCCGUCCCGGGACUCGCCCCAGCAGCCUGCGACCAUGGUGGACUACUACGAAGUUCUGGGCGUGCAGAGGCAGGCCUCACCCGAGGACAUCAAGAAGGCGUACCGGAAGCUUGCGCUGAAGUGGCACCCAGAUAAAAACCCUGACAAUAAAGAAGAAGCAGAGAGAAAAUUCAAACAAGUAGCUGAGGCUUACGAGGUGCUAUCAGACGCUAAGAAGCGGGACAUCUAUGACAAGUACGGCAAGGAGGGCCUGAACGGCGGAGGCGGAGGAGGAAGCCACUUCGACAGCCCGUUUGAGUUUGGCUUCACAUUCCGUAACCCGGAUGACGUCUUCAGGGAAUUUUUUGGCGGCAGGGACCCGUUCUCAUUCGACUUCUUCGAGGACCCAUUCGAAGAUUUCUUUGGGAAUCGUCGGGGCCCCCGUGGGAGCAGGAGCCGGGGCACGGGCUCGUUCUUCUCUGCUUUCGGAGGGUUUCCAGCUUUCGGAGGCGGAUUUCCUUCUUUUGACACAGGGUUCAGCUCCUUCGGCUCCCUGGGCCACGGGGGCCUCACGUCCUUCUCAUCCACGGCGUUCGGUGGCAGCGGGAUGGGCUCCUUCAAGUCCAUAUCAACAUCCACCAAGAUCGUCAACGGAAGGAAGAUCACCACCAAGAGGAUCGUGGAGAACGGCCAGGAGCGGGUGGAGGUGGAGGAGGACGGCCAGCUCAAGUCCCUGACGGUGAACGGUGUGGCGGACCCCGAGGCCUUCCUGGAGGAGACCCGGCGAAGAGGCCAGAGCGCGCUGCCCGCCGCCCCGCCCGCCGCCCCGCCCGCCGGCGCCCGCCCGCCGCGCGCCCCCCGGCCCGCCCCGCCCGCGCGGGCCCCCGCGCCGCCCCCCGCGCUGCACCCCGCGGACGACGACGACGACGACGAGCCGGCCCGGCCGCGCGCCCCCGGCGGCUGGGACCCCGCCGCGCCGCCCGCAGGGUUCAAAGAAGGGAGCAAGAGGAAGAAGCCGAAGCACAAGGAGGAGUCCAAGAAGAAGAAGCCCACCAAGGGGCAGCACCACUAGCCGGGCCGGCAGACGGUGGCCCCAGGCGUGGCCAGGCCAGCUGGCCAUGCGCACUCUUAGGUAGCAGCCUCUGCCCCCACCCCCUGUAACGAGACCACCCACCUCCCCUGGGGGGGCGCCAGGGCAGGCCUGGGCGUGGGGAGCCCCUGGACUCUGCUUCUCCAACACUAAACCCCAGCAGCUUCUCCAGACC